CUUCAAAACCAUUUCUCUUCAUUUUCCAUGCUUCUGUUAACAGAUUUCUUCUAUUAUGAUUGUUAUCUAUAAAAUGGACAAUUCUUAAGUCUUAACAUUCAGAAGUUUCUCCUCAGUGCAUGGGGGAAUGAAUAUUAUCUGAAGAGACUUAAAUAAUCUAGUUUAUCCAUUUUAGCAUAGAUCAGGGGGAGGAGGGAAGUGAAACAUUACUGGGAAAAGUGUGUCCCUCCCUGAUCAUGUUUAAGGAAAGUCAUGGAAAUGGUAAACUAAAAUAUCUCUGGGCAUAUUAGAUGGAUUGAGGGUAAACUGACGUAAGUCUGACGUAGACCUCAGCAUUUCCAGGUCCCAGCGGGAGAAAGACUGGCAGUAUUUUCAACAACACUUGGAUCAACUCCUUCAUUUCCAACAUGGAAGAAACUUACAUCGAUUCCCUGGACCCUGAGAAGCUAUUACAAUGCCCAUAUGAUAAAAAUCACCAAAUCAGGGCCUGCAGGUUUCCUUAUCAUCUUAUCAAGUGCAGAAAGAAUCAUCCUGAUGUUGCAAACAAAUUGACUACCUGUCCCUUCAAUGCUCGCCACCAGGUUCCUCGGGCCGAAAUCAGUCAUCAUAUCUCAAGCUGUGAUGACAGAAGUUGUAUUGAGCAGGAUGUUGUCAACCAGGCUAGGAACCUGGGACAAGAGACCCUGGCCGAGAGCACAUGGCAGUGCCCUCCUUGCGAUGAAGACUGGGAUAAAGAUUUGUGGGAAGAGACCAGCACCCCAUUUGUUUGGGGCACAUCUAACUACUGUGGCAACAACAGCCCUGCAAACAACAUCAUUAGGGAACAUAAAGGUAACCUGGCUUCAGGCAUGCGCGUUCCCAAGUCUCUGCCGUAUGUUCUGCCAUGGAAAAACAAUGGAAAUGCACAGUAACGGAAUAUCUAUCUCAUCAAACUCCAGAUACUAGAAGAUUCUUCCUUCUACCACUGGGUUCUCCAUUUUUCUCCUAAUCUCAUUAUAGAAAGAUAAACUGACUUUCAAACUGACAAGUACUUUUGUUUUCUAACCCCUUUGAUUCAUUUGAUUCAAGAAAGAACCCUGAUACUCAGAAGAACUGUUCCAAAUUAAACCAUCAAUGUAGUUAAUUACUUUGGUUACCUACCUGCAGACCCAAACUCAGAAAUUAUACAUUCCAUUCAACAUUACUGAAACGUAAUCACUUAAAGUUAUUUCACAAGACCUAGAAGUAACUGUGUAUGUGUGUGUGCUUGCAUACCUAUGAACCAAAUUCAUUUUAACAUAAGAAUGCACCUUUUUUGAUCAGUGCUUCUCUUUAUCCAGAGUCUCCAAGAUGUUGAUAGCAUUUAUAUAGAAAAAUACC